AUGACUUCUCAAUUUCGACGUUAUUUAAAUUUUUCUUUGUGCUUUUUCUUGUUAACUUCAAAAGUUUGUGCAUCAGGCCUCAAGGAAGCAUUAGAAGAACACCUUAAGGAUAUCGCUCACAAUGAAGAAUCAGAAUCGAUUAAGCUGGAAAAAGAAAAGGGCGAAAAGGAUCAUCACGUGGACACUGAAACAAAAGACACUCAUUCUAAUAAGUAUUCAAAAGAAAACGACGAGUCUAAAUUUCUAAAGAAAGAUCAGGAAAGUAAAGUGUCAUCGGAAAAGGAUGCAUAUGGUGGUUACAAUACUAAGCAAGAUAAAGCUGAAGAUCGUCACACUGAUGGAUUCAAAAGAGGACACAAAAAAGGUCACCACAAACAAGGAUAUCAAAAUUCUUAUCAUAAGGACGAAUCCUCAAAUAAAAGCACUUUCUUUGAUGAUGUAAAUGACGAAGGUGAUCAAGCGGGCUAUACAAAUAAAGUAAACUCUCAUGAUAAUCAAGGUGGUAGAAGCUAUGAAGGUUCUCAUAAUAAUGGUCAACAGUAUUUACAGAACAACUACCGUGGCGGAGCCAACAAUCGAUACGGAGAUGUUGGAGACAAACAUAUAACUCAUCGAGACUACGGCAGAAAUUCGUACUUGGACAAUUCUGAAAAUUAUAAUAAGCAUCGUAAUGGACACGGUGCUUAUAACAGGGGUAAAAUUCACGAUCGACAAGAUCAUCGGUACCCUCAAGUUUAUCACGAUCCAGGAUGGGAUUGGAACAGAAGAGAUUGGGACCGAUCUGAAUGGGAAAGGAAUCCGGAUUGGGGUAGAGAUUACCACAGUCCGGGUUAUUAUGAUAAUCACGGUAUACGGCACGAUGGAGGAUAUGGACAUGGUCUACAAAAUGGUCAUGGAUAUCGCUAUGGAGAGUCUCGAGCUGAUCCAGUUGCUGAAAUACCUAAAGAAGCACCUAUAGUUGCUCGUCGGAAGCAGACUAUUACAAUUUAUGAAGAUCCGAGAUAUUCUGGCAAGGAAAAUGGUCAGUUAAGAAGAGAAGAAGGAGAUUACAUAGAACUAGAUUAUCAGCCAAGUAGUCGUAGAUACUCUAGUUAUGAUAACACCUAUUACAAUGUUCCCGCAAGAAGUGCAGAAUCGAGCAAAAUUAAUAGAUUAGUUUAUAAUUAUAGACGGCAAUAA